ACAGGUCCGAGGCAGAUGCAGAGCUCUCUCUCCGGCAUUCCUCUCGGAGAGGCGACGCUGAUCGGACCCUGAUCUUUCCCCCGGGUGUGUGUGUUUCCUCUGCCCGAGCCGCGGUGAGAUGUUGGCGGAGAAGAUGCUGCUGUCCCCGUGGGAGCGCUGGUCCUCCACCAGCUGCUGCCUGUGCUGCCAUGUCCGCACAGGGACCAUCAUCCUGGGGGUCUGGUAUAUGCUCAUCAAUGCCGUGGUGCUGCUCAUCCUGCUCACCGCCCUCAGUGAUCCUGAGCAGUACCACCUGACCAGCGCCGAGUUGGCCAAUGACCUAGAUGUCAUGGAUGAUGCCAACAUGUGCAUCGCCUCUGCCAUCUCCCUGCUGAUGAUACUGAUAUGUGGGAUGGCCACGUAUGGUGCAUACAAGCUGCGUGCUGCCUGGAUAAUUCCCUUCUUCUGCUACCAAAUAUUUGACUUUGCCAUGAACACGCUGGUGGCUGUGAGCAUCGUGGUUUACCCCAACACCAUCCAGGAUUACCUGCAGCAGCUGCCUGAUAACUUCCCCUACAAGGAGGAGAUCUCCGGCCUCAGCAACGCGUGGCUGGUCCUCAUCGUGCUGCUCUUCAUCGGCUGCAUUCUGGGCUUCAAGGCAUAUCUGAUCGCGUGCGUGUGGAACUGCUACAGAUACGUGAGCGGCCGGGGCGGCUCUGAGAUCCUGCUGUACGUCACCACCAACGACACCACUGUACUGCUGCCUCCCAUUGAUGACAACGUGAGCGUCCCUCCCAAGAAGGCUCUGCCCCCCUACACCUCUGCAACAGCAUGAACACGUUUCCAGGAUCCUGUUUUUUUGGAUUCUGCUGUUUUUAAACCCCAGAGAAGAGUUAUGCACCACACUGCCUCUCCAGUAAACGGUACAUUCAUGGAUAUAUUGUAGCUACACACGACACUGCCCUUGUACAAAAGCGUGCAUCACACACACACACACACACACACACACACACACACACACACACACACACACACACACACACACACACACACACACACACACACACACACACACACACACACAAGCUCUCAUCCAUUCCCUUCAUCUCUGAUGAACUCAGUUUCCUGUAAGGUAUCUCUCUUAGUAUAACUUCAUAAAUGAUGUGCAUCUUUAUGCAUUUUAGUCUUUGGUGAAACAUCAUAUAAAAAGCUCUAGAAAGUUUGAUAGACAAUAUAUAUUUUUAUUAACUUCUACAUCCUGUGAUGAUGUUCUAGACGGCGUAGACAUGUUUAUCUGAAUGAGUGAGUGUUUCCUUGUGGUCUCGUCUCUGCUCACGAUCAGGCUCGGAUCGCCUUCGUUUUUAAACUCUCUCUCUACCGGGGUGCGCUUUAUAGGCUCACGUAUGAAGCCUCACCUUCACUCAAAGUUUCCCAAAGAGACGCACCUGCCUGUGUUCUGACGUGAUGGAGGAGCAACCUAGUGUAUAUCAAACAUAUCACCCUCUUUUUACUCUUUUAUUCUCCUGCAAACAGGUGUGUUGUAUU